AUGGGAACUAAACGUAAUGUUAGCUUUCCAGAGGAUAAUUGUAUCGUUACUGGAUUUUCUGAGCCAUGUAAUCCGUGGAAAAAUGCUCCAAUAUGCACUGCAGAGGAACUUGUUGUUGCAUACAAAAAGGGUUGCGAAUUAAAUGGUGUGAAGCCAUGGAACAAAAUUAUUCAACAACUCUUGAGUGUCCAAAACUGUUGGAACAGACAUAAAACUCUUAGUCUUAAAGGGGAAAAGCUGGAUCAAAAGCAUUGUGAAGCACUUGAAGAUAUUUUCCGACGUGUUCAAUUUGAAAACUUGGAAUUAGAAGCUUGUCAUUUAGAUGAUGAGACUGCAGCAGCUCUUUUUGACAUGAUUGAAUAUUAUGAUUCCACCAUGAAACUGAAUAUGUCAUUCAACAAAAACAUUAGCAUUCGUGGUUGGCAGUCAUGUUCACGGAUGAUUCGUAAGACUCCUAGUCUGAGCUACCUGGAUGCACGGGGAUGUGAAUUGAAUGACCAUAUUAUUCCAGUUCUGGGUCGUUCACUGAAGAUGGGUUCCAAUUUAACUGUCCUUCAUCUUGAGUAUACUUGCCUGUCUGGUCGACCAUUAGUUAUAUUGGUUGCUGCUCUGAAAGUAAAUGAAAUUCUUCAGGAAUUAUUUCUGGGUGACAAUAAACUUAUGGCUAGUGAUGGCAUUCAGAUUGGAAACCUUUUGAAAUUCAAUCAUAAGCUUCAACUUCUUGAUCUCAGAAACAACCACCUCCAGGAUGUUGGCCUAAGUCAUAUAUGUGCUGGACUUUGUGAAAAAGUUGAUAGCUCAGGAUUAAGCACUUUAGUGCUUUGGAACAACCAAAUGUCUUACCAAGGCAUGCUAUCUUUAUCCCAUGCGCUUUCUGUGGUGGAAUGCCUUGAAACCUUGAACCUUGGUCAUAAUAGCAUUACCAAUGAAGGCAUUCAUUAUUUAAAAGAAGGUCUGUUAAAGAACAAAUCUCUCAUCAGACUUGGCUUACAAGGGACAAAGGUUUUGUGUGAAGGUGCAGUUGCAUUGGCUGAGUAUAUAGCAGAUAGUUCACGUUUACUUCAAAUUGAUCUUCGUGAAAAUGACAUCCGUACAGCAGGCCUGAUGGCUCUCUCACUUGCUCUGAAGGUCAAUGAAUCUUUGGUUCGAUUGGAAUUAGACAGAAACACUAAAAAAGAAGUGGCGGUUAAAGAUUAUGCUGACCAACAACGUCGCCUUCUGCAGGAUAUCAACAAUUACUUGGAGCGCAAAUUAAGCAGUGAAAUGGGUGCAGAAAUGUGUGCAAAUGUUGCUGCAGAGUCUCUUUUUAUGAAAUGUAAUAAAGAAGUUGAUUAUUCUGACCAAACUGCAUCAGUUACAGACACUCAGGAUGAAUCACUUGACAUAAAUUUUAGCAAAACUUGUCAAGAAUUUUCUUUGACAGAUAAUGAAGUAUCUUCUGGUUCUGAACUGACCAAUAAUCACAAUGGCUGUCUUCCAGUCUGUCAUUUGGACAAACUAGGUGAGAAAUGCCGACCGGAAUUCCAUACCAAUCUAAGUUUAAAUGGAAUGACUCAGGAAUUGGCUAAUGUACUGGAUAGCCUGGAAUUGGAAACCAACUGCAAACCAGAAGUCUUACCACACACUUUCAAAACUAUUCAAACAGACACUGUUACUUCACCUGCAGAGUAUGAAAAGGAACUUGAUGAUAUUCCUAACCUCAAUGAUUAUUGGACAUUCUCACUAGCAUGGAAUAAGACUAAAUCUCUCACUUUUUAUUCUUUCUUCCUCUCUUACAACUAA